UGAACACAAACCACUACCACACAGGGAUUUGGAUUGGUCAAUACCUAUCAGAAAGUCGAACACUUCGUUCAAGUUCAGAUUUUUAUUAUAAAAGUUUUACACUCAAACUCAAAUAUGAAUGCAUCAGUCCGUUUGUUACAAGUUUGUCGUUUUUGUUUAAAUAGUGUCGAAAAGCAAAAAUCGUUUCCGGUGGACGCGGUUGAAGAGAGAAGCGGAAUCAGUUAUCGCGAAUUUCUCCAUAGAUGGGAUUCGGAUGGACGAAUGAACCAUGACCUUGAGGAACAUCUGCCACAAAGAGUAUGUCGCACUUGUCAACGCAAAGUAGAUGAUAUCCUGCACUUUCAGGCGGAAACCAUAUCCAAUACCCAAAUGCUGAUCGCCAUAGCUGAAGCAAAGCAAUACGGAAGCCUGACAACACUCGAAAAUCAACUGAAAUCUGGACUAUGUCGUUCCGGUUUACACCGUUUGAAUUUGAUUAAGCAGGUGGAUGCGACCGCCGAAGAGAUCAUGCAAGAACUGCGAAGAAACCUUCUUCCAGCCUGUGGUAUCAAUAUCAAGACUGAAACUUCCGAUACUGCAGAAGAUGAUGCGCUAAAUGAACCAAUGGAAUAUACAGAAGAGACUGUCCUAGAUGAAAACUGUGAUUUACAGCUCAAGUUUGAGGUGGGUGAAGAAAGCUAUGAAUCACCGGAAAAGAUAGCCGAGGUUAACACCAAAAAGCGACCGUGCAUUGUCCAGGGCUGUGAACCGGUAAUUGGACGAGGCUUGCAGCACGCCAAGACGAAGCAUCGAACUUAUUGCAAAAUUUGUGGGCAGGUUUUCGGCAAACACAGCCAUGCGUUGUACCACGUGGCAAUACACAAGCCCAAAGAGGAACGCCUGCGCUGUAGCAUGUGCAAUAAGACGUUUUGCCGAGACUAUACUCUGAAGGUUCAUCUGUUGGAAUCUCACGGACAGACAACAGCGAGCUUCGAAUGUGCACUUUGUGAACAAGUUUUUGAAACAAAAGCGGAUCUCGCCAAACACCGGGAAAUCCAUUUGGCUUCGCCGUGCCAAUUCUGCGACCGUAGGAACCCAUUUGGAAGCUACAAAAGGUUGCUGGAACAUUUCCGAUUGGCACACAAAAAGCAAAUUUUCAAAUGCGAACAUUGUGCCGGCAGCUUCCUCGGUCGACGAGAACUUGAAACCCACAAAGAGAAACAUCGGGAUGGAACGUUCGAUAACUGUGUCGAGUUCGCUCUUCGAUCGUGGAAUGAAAGCUUCAGGUGUAGCGUCUGUGAACGAUCCUUCUACAAUGAGGAGUAUCUUAACAGACAUCGAGAGAAAGUACACAAGGUUUACCCACUGCGCGUUCCCGAGCCCAAAACAAGCGUGACCGAAUUAGAUUACAAAUUCAAGUGCAAGGAAUGCGACGCCCGGUAUCGCCUGAAGUCUUCAUUGAAAGGUCAUGUGUACAAGAACCACCGUACCGAACGCAAGGUUUGCAAUCACUGCGGAGCGUCUUUCAAAUCGAAUAAUGAAUUGGACUGUCACGUUCGAUACGUUCAUACUAAAGAUUUUCGCUUCAAAUGCGAAUUCUGUGAUAAACGAUGCAACACCAGUAGUGAUCUAAAGGUUCAUCGGCGGACACAUACCAAUGAGCGGCCGUACAAGUGUUCAUACGAGGGCUGCUAUAAAGAUUACAAAACCCAUGGGGCCAUGAAAAAGCAUGUUCGGUCGGUGCAUACCCUGGAGCGGCCGUACAAAUGCACUUAUGAAGCCUGUGGCAGGGGAUUCGUUUGUAGUGAGCUGCUGAAGAAACACGUGCUCAGUCACACAAAGGAGAACCCGUUCAAGUGUGGGUAUUGUGAAUUACGAUUUAAUCAGAAUUAUUCCUUACGGGGCCAUAUUCGGAAACAUCACCCGGGACAACCGGAUGAAGUACCGGCAGAUGGAGAGGUUAGAUGUGAAAAGGACUGCUUAAAUCAUUUUAUUGUCGCAUCUCAAACCACCUCAACCAUUUGUUUUUAAUUUCCUACAUCUUCUGAGUAAUCUAACACAAUGCUGAAAAGCGCAGUGGCACUCUACUACUGAAACUAUAAAUUAAGCUCCAGGUUCAUAAAUGAAUAAUAAAAAGAAAAACCCUAAUUAAUCCACCUAGCGGUGAUGGCGCCUUUCUCGUGCCUUCGAAACCCCAUUUCAAUAAAACUCAAGCGAAAUGUUGAUGUACAUCGCAUUUUCAUACAAUUAACAGAAAUCCAUUUCAUGAUACCACAAAUCAUAUCGUUUAUCUGGCUUUUAAUGUUUGAGCCUCAAACUCUUAAGAAAAAGACGCUAUCUUGAAUUUGAAGCCGCCAUUUGGGAUUUAAGUUUGCCAUCUUGGAUGUUCUGGUCGCCAUUUUUGGCGUCUAGGCAUCUUCCCUACGAAAAAUAUACUUCAUUAAGGACAAACGUCUUAAAAUCCCGCUUCAACAUUGCAUCAAAACUUCAGAUGCACAAAUCUCAAGAAGCAAGCUUCAAACAACAAUGCAUUUUAUUAUUCUGUUCUUGCUCACUUGUAAUUAGCUUAAAAUAAAAAGCUCAGAUGCGAUGGUUUUGUUUACGCAGAGAUUUGUGCCCUCGAAAUCGUGAGUAGGUGCCAAAGCCGGCCAUUGUGGUGGCCAUUUUGGGAUUCUAACAAGCCUGUCCUUAAACAGCCGCCAUCUUGAAUUUGGAGCCGCCAUCUUGUAUUUUGGACCACCAUCUUGGAUAUUCCAGUCGCCAUUUAUGGAAUCCAGACAUCUUCCCCAUACCACACACUUAUGUCGUUUUCGUUUUUGCGGUGGUGCUACACCGGUGUAGCACUUUUGCACCGAAAGUGUUCGUUUUUCAUUUUCGUGCUGCACCGGUGUAGCACUUUUUCUGCACCGCUCAAGAUAGUGCAGCACUCAAAAAUUCGAGAGUGUAGCGAGUGUACACCGUGUCCACCAAUCAACGUUUGCAAAGUUGUAAAUAUUUUGCCUUUUAUUCACGCACACCAAUGCGACUGCACCGAAAAUGUUCGUUUUUGCAGUGAAAAGUGUAGCACGAAGCGGUGUAGCACCACCGCAAAAACGAAAACGACAUUAAAAAAUUGUACCGAACUCGGUUGAAUUUGAACCGAGUUUUUAUCUGCUGAACGCUCGGUUGGUUGUUCGGUUGAAUGUAGAAUAACCGAGUGUUCGGUAAACAUUGGUUUCUAUCCCAAAUGUCAAACAAACCGAAGUAAUCGGUUGGAGCUAAAUCAAAAAAACGUGGCGAACCGAGCAUCGGUUGAACGGAGCUCCGAUUUUCUUAUUGGAAUGAAUUUCGAAUUUCAAGAAGUUCAGGUCUGUCAAAGAACAAAGAUUAAUCAUUAAUUCCAUCUGUUCGGAUCAAAUUCGGCGCAAACAAUUUUUGUGAAUCGGCCUUUUAUUGUGGCAGAUCAAACUGUAAGUAAUAAAUUUGACAUUUUCGUCAAUGAUAAUACAACUUGUUUAGUAUGAAUUCACUUACAAUUUUAGUUUGAUUUUCUCCUCUAUUGGCUUCCCUUCUACCUUCCUUUGCAGGCAACGUAGCCACGAAUUUUGUCCUCGAAAUACUCCGAUUUGGACCACUGUGCAAAGUCUCGUCCUCGUCGUGCGUCGAUAUCUGGUUUCUCAAGUCUGUUGUCUAAACUGUCUCUUCCCGUCGGGCCUCCAGCUCAUCAACCACUAAAUUUUACUCCGCGGUGUAUUAGUUUGUGAUCAUCUGACCAAAUCUGAUCCGAAUUCAAGAAUCCACUAACAAAUCACCCGCGGAACUAUUCUAUUUCAAGUUACUUUCCUUAAACUGCCCUAUCAUCAAAUUUCGCAAAUGGUAACUAAUUCAAUUUUCUUCCACUUUAUUCCUCAUAUCUCGACCACCUAUCUUCUAUGCACUACCUUUGUUUAUGUUUUCCUUGCAACUCUCCUUUGACGGCUUUCCAUCUCUCUUUCAAUACUGUCAUCUCUUCCGUCACUCUGACACCUGUCAACCGACAUUUACGCUUGCUGCCCAACCCCCUGAAGAAAGCGUUAGUUCUUGAAGCCGCCGCCUUUGGUGGGGCGCCACAGGUUUGUUUACGAAAUUUCAGUCUGCUGGCCAAUUUGCUACGUGCGGAAGCGAACUUUGUCGUGCGAAGAUAAAUUCGGGAUCGUAAAACGAUCAUUUCCACAUGUUGUACAAUGGGUUUAGUGUUCUUUGUUAAAUUUACAACACGCACAAGUAUGAAAAUACAUAUAGACCAUUUAAAACAACACUAAAGUCAAUUAAAUUUGAAUGUCGCACCUGCUUCAACAGAAAAAUUCACUGUGUUUUCAGCCUUAUGCAA